AUGUUCAUCUGCAAUCCGAUCUCGAGGCUUGCCGUGCUCAACUGGUAUCGCAUAUUCAUUAUAAAUAAGGUGCUUGAGAGUUCCAAAAACGUACCUAUUGUCAGUUACUCAUAUUUCAUUUUAUUUACAGAGAUAUUGCUUGAGCCGUUUUUGAAAAAGUUCGGCAUCAACAGCAGAAACACUGGAAUUCUGAAGAUCGCCAGUGCUCAUGGUAACGCUAAUCUGAAUAAGAAGCUGUACGGAGGCCCCGUCCUGGACUCGAGGUGCCACGACGCCCUGCUGGUCACGAAACCGGAGUCGGACACUCCCUGGAGUGAUGACUUCCACGUGUAUUCCGCCAAGUGGACUCCAGAAUCCCUAAUCCUGUCCGUGGACGGCGAAGUGUACGCAACCGUGGAGCCAGCCGCCAAUGGCCUGCGAGGCAAGUUGCCUGAGACCUGCUCUGGUGUUCAAGCAAACGGCAUUGCGCCUUUUAACGAAUUUUUCUACCUGACCCUCGGCGUGGCAGUAGGAGGAAACACCGAGUUCCACGACAAUGACUCAAACGCCAAACCCUGGAGGAACGGCCAGGCCACCGCCGCCGCCAACUUCUGGGAGAACCGCUCCUGGAAGCAGACCUGGACCCAGCCCCAACUGGUCGUGGACUACGUGAAGGUCGAGGCUCUGUAAAUCACGCAGUAAACUUGAAUAAAAUGUUGAUGAAAUAUU